AUGUCACCGUGGCCUUUCGCCAAAUGGGGAAUGGACAUCCUCGGACCAUUUCCCCCUGCAAAGGGUCAACUUAAAUUCUUCCCAGUGGCAAUCGACUACUUCACCAAGUGGAUCGAGGCAUGUUCACUUGCCAAGAUCACUGCCGAGAAUAGCUUCGAAGACUUCCUCCGAGAGCUCAGAAUCAAACAUCUACCAACCUCGGUGGAGCAUCCCCAAACCAAUGGCCAAGCCAAAGCCGCAAACAAGGUAAUACUGCGAGAACUCAAGAAGCGGCUAGGAAGCGCCAAAGGACAAUGGGUCGACGAGCUCCCCAACAUUCUCUGGGUGUACCACUGUACUCCCCAAUCAAUAACCCAGGAAACACCUUAUAGGCUGACCUACGGAGCUGAUGCCAUGAUUUCAAUAGAGGUCGAUGAAACAUCCCACCGGCGUCACACCUUCGAUAGUGAGCAAAACGCUUAA